CUAACAGAGAAAAAGUCGUAUUUUGAUUUUUUUGUUAUAAACAAAUAGAAACGUUGGUCACGUGGCUUCACCGUAAUCCUAAGCUCCUAACUAAUUAACCACCGUCGAUAGUAACUCAGAUCAAACAAAACGACGCUGCUUCGGUUUCUCUCAUUGUUUCACCACUUUCAAUGGCGGAUCCCAAAUCUUAUCUCUUCUCUCUCUCCUUCUUACUUCUUCUUCUUCUUCUUCACUCCCCCACCGUCUCCUUCGCUCAGACGCUGUUCGUCUUCGGCGAUGGUCUCUACGACGCCGGCAACAAACAGUUCGUCUCCUCGAAUCGUGUCGACGCUAGCUUUCCUCCGUAUGGAAUCACUGUAGGAGAGGCUACGGGACGGUGGUCCGAUGGCCGUACCGUUCCCGACUAUCUCGCUAGUUUCAUGGGUAUUCCUAAAAUCCCUCCGAUUCUCCGAGGCACGGCGGAUUUCUCUCACGGAGCUAACUUCGCCAUCGCUGACGCAACCGUUCUCGGCUCUCCUCCGGAGACGAUGACUCUGUCACAGCAAGUGACGAAGUUCUCGGAGAACAAGAACAAAUGGACAGCUCAAGCACGUUCUGAAGCUAUCUACUUGUUCUACAUCGGCUCUGAUGAUUACUUGAACUAUGCCAAGAACAAUCCGAAUCCCUCAGAUGUUCAGAAACAAGCUUUUGUGGACCAAGUCAUCGCUGCCAUAGAAGCACAACUAAAGGUGAUUUACGUGUCCGGAGGUAGAAAAUUCGCUUUCCACAACCUGGCACCGCUUGGUUGCUUACCGGCGGUGAAACAAGCAAACGGAAAUGUUCAGGAGUGCGUGAAACUGCCUUCGGAAAUGGCGGCUUUGCAUAACAAGAAGCUGUUGCAGCUCUUGGUGAAACUCUCACGAGAGCUCAGUGGUUUCCAAUACUCCUUCUACGACUUCUUCAGCUCCAUCCAAAACAGAGUCAUCAAGUCUAAGACUUACACGUUCGAGACGGGAGUGGCUGCUUGUUGUGGGACUGGCUCUGUCAAUGGAAGCGGUUGCGCGACGAACAAUGUAUGCACUAAGCCUGAAGAUUAUCUCUUCUUCGACGGUAAGCAUUUGACGCAAGAAGGGAACCUUCAGGUUGGGCAUUUGAUGUGGGGAUCAGAUCCGGAAGUGAUUGGACCGAACAAUCUCAGGGAGCUUCUUUACCUUCCUCUCGACAUUUCAAUCGUCUUGGCUGAUAUACAGGAAGCUAUGGCUGCCAUGAGACCGAGGCAGAUCAAAGUUGAGAGUCUCUAUGAUGUUAAGAAGAUGGAAUUGGAGAUGGGGAAUCAAUGGCUUCAUCAAGUUGACAAAGCUAGCUCCUUUCUGUUCUAAGAUUGUGGUUACGUUAUGACCAAAGCAAGAGAGUUUUAAGAGUGUCUGUAAUAAGACUUUUAUAGAACAAGAAACUAUUAAGACAUCUUUCUAUCUGUUUGGUAAUAAUAAAACAAGCGGAAACAGCCUUUUUUUCGAAGGCUUAAAGCUUGUUCCCCAAGAUAGUCCAGUGGGCCUAUUUCGAUCUCAUCUUUGACCAGAGCUGAUACAUUUAUCAUUUUCCAAACUUAAAAAGUUUUUCUUCAUUUUCAUCAAA